UUUUUUAUUUUUCUCUCUCUUAUCAAAUAAACAUACCACGAGAAGAAGUUCCAAUACUGAGCUUAUCCUCCAAACUCCCAAACCCCAUUUAUGCAAAACAUGGGAAAAAAUCGCCAUGUUCUUAUUCAAGUUCUUCUAAAUACUCUCAUGAUUUCACAGAUUUUCCGUACCUCCAAAGGUGACGUUGGAAGCGCAGCCCAGUACUCUCCUCCAUAUCUACCCACGAACUGUUACGGGGCCGAAUCGUCGCAGUUUCCGACGAGCAAUCUGUUCGCGGCGGCCGGGGAGGGGAUUUGGGACAAUGGCGCAUCCUGCGGGAGGCAGUACCAGGUCAGGUGCAUCAGCGCCGCCAGGCCGGGGACUUGUGUUCCCGACAUGACUAUUCUUAUCAAGAUUGUGGAUUAUGCCGGUACGCUAGUCUCGUCGCCGUCCUCCGCCGGGACCACCAUGAUUUUGUCGCAGACAGCGUUUGGCGCCAUUGCCAAUUCCACCGCUGCAUCCAUCAACAUAGAGUUCCAGCAGAUAUGAAAGAGGAAAUCGAAGUGGCUUGUUGGAUGAAUAUUGGACGUUUUUGUUAGUACUCCGGGGAGGACAUAUGUGAAAAUUACUAGUACUAGCUAGCGCAGGCAUUGAUUGGUGUGGCGUUUAUUGUGUGAUUAUUGAUUACAAUAUUAUUAUUGCGUUGUUUCUAGAACGAACGAUAAGUACUAGAUCUGUA